GACGGCGUUCCUCAUACGGUCGGUCUUAUACGUGACGUCACGAGUGUGUAUCGAUUAUCAACGAUUGUCCCCGUCUGGAAAGUUCGUCUGGAAUAAUUUUACGGGGGCUUUGUUCCGCGCUUGUUUGGCGGUGAGGCUCUUUCCUCGCAUGACUAAGCAGAACGCGUGUUGGUUCAGAAAUCACUGAUUUCGUUUAAUACUGGUUAAACGCGAUAAACCAUGAAGUUGUGGCGUGCAGUGUGCAUUUGGAUUUCUUGUGUUGUGAUGCAAAAUGUUUCCACUGGUGCCUCGACGAUAAGGAAAUACUACAUCGCCGCUGUAGAGGAAGAAUGGGACUACGCUCCGAGUGGCUAUAACAAGGUGAAAGGCGUCAAACUUGCCGACGACGGGUAAGAGAAAUAGAAAAGAGACACAGUUACGUUCAAUAUGAUAAAUGAUAUGAUCCAUUAUGACACGAUUAUGAACGUUCCUCCGCGGGAAGGGUCUCUCGACAACCAAAAUGAAGCCAUGCGUUAUGCAAUAUGUAUACUUUGAUUAGUAAACUGUUAGUAGUACGUGAUGGUUGAAGAUGCAGUGACAUUUGUCAUAUGGAGGAAAUUUCAAGGCACUUAGUUCUGAAGUUACCAAAUUUAGUCCGAGAAUUAAUGUAAGUGGGCAUACAAUCUUAUCAUUUGGAAAAUAGCCAUCGUCCAUCUUUGCUUUCGAUUUGCGUGAUUUAAUUUGCUUCGCCAUAUUCGCCAUUUUGCUUUUUAUUCUUUUAACUACCGUGAAUUGAUUGCUCCAGUCACAACGAUGGAACUUUUGAAUUAUGCUAUGUUUUCACUGAUCUAAAAAUGACAAAAAAGACAAAAAAUCAGUGGUUACUAUCGUAGAAUGCAGCUCGCAGGCUGUGCUUCUUCCGGGAUUCCUUCAUUUCCGUGAUGUGCAAGCCGAAUAACAGCUGAGAUUUCCGGGAAUCUUCUGAGGUCACGGUCGUGGUGUGAACUAACUCGGCAGCACUAAAACACGGAAUCCGGAAUCCGGAAACGGAAACGGAAUCACGGAAACGGAAUCACGGAAACGGAAACGGAAACAGCAUACGGAAUCAAAUAUCGAUGAUAGAAAAUUAAAGAAUUUCACAAUACACAAUUUAGUACAAUCCAAAGAGAAUUUGUCUUAGUUUUCUUGGCAGUUCCCUUAAAUAUACUCUUGUUAUUGUGUCUUGAUAAGGUUUGCCAUAGUGUGGGUUACUGCACUGCAAGGCCGAUGAAAGUAAUUUUACGAGUAAUUUUUAUUCACGAGUUCAUGGGUUGAAUAAUACAGUUAAAUAUUACUUUUGUAGCUAAUUGUCAAGAAUAGUCGAAGUUAGCCUCAGACCACACCACGUGAUUGUCCCCAAACUGAAUACUCCACACAUGACCGACCGGUGACGUGACCACAGUUCCGGUGUUUUAGCAAUAAGUUAAACUUUUUCGCCAAGCUGAAUACUGAUGCAAUACUGGUGUACCGGUAAUUGAGUUUACGUGGACGUCCGUAUUUUUGUUGAAGAGGCUUAUUAAACAUGGCGCAUUAUUUUGAUGUAAUCGGUUGCGGAAUCAAGCAAAUGCAUGCACAAUUCUCUCUUCUCUUUGGACUCCACAAUGCCAUGGUCUCUUGAGUAAGUUGUCUUGAUAAAUAAAACUGAACACUGUUGAAGACAACCCAGAAAAGACACUGAGAAAAACUUGACGGCGACGCCUUUCAGUUAUGUAAACUACGCCUCAGACGAUUCAAACGAAGUCUGUCUCCAUAUAACUUACCUUUUUCUUAAGGCACUAGUUUUUGUCAGUCACGUUUUUCUCCUCGCUUUGCUGUCCCAUGAGAAUUUGCAUCCAUUGCCGACAGUGGUAUCAAGCGUCUUUUCACUGGAAUCGACUCCUCUAGUGACACAGCAGUCUCCUCUCCUGUACUCAGCUAAUUUAUUCAUUUGUGCCUUUUUUUUUAUCUGUUUAUUUAUUUCAUUGUCAUUGCUAAUAUUAUUUUUUUCAAAUCGAUCGCUUGGAACCUUCUUUCACAGAUUCCGUAUUCCGUUUCCGUUUCCGUUUCCGUGAUUCCGUUUCCGUUUCCGGAUUCCGGAUUCCGUGUUUUAGUGCUGCCGGAACUAACUAGUGUCAGAUGUUUGUGUUCGAGAGUUUUUGUUUCUGUUUUAGAGAUGCAUGAUAGCAACUGAUAAAGAUGAUGAAUGCUGUUUCCAGUUGCUUUCCUUUGUCUUAGACAGCUACAACUGAUGUACAUUCCUACAUCACAGGGAACUGACUUUUUUUAAUCCGUAUGUCACGCAAAUAUUGAAACAAAAAUAUAUUUUUAAAGAUCUAUUUAUCACCCAUGAUUUAGGAAACCUGCAUAGGUUUGUUAAAUUCCACUUAAACUCUCAGAAAUAUCAGAUCCCAAAAUUAAAAAAAAAGAAGAUGAUAAUUCUCAUGCACCCCUCUCUCUUUUCUUGGAGGGAGGAAGAGAGAGGACCCUGGGAACAAGUUUGAAAUGUAUGUAUUGCACUCUCCCCUCUCCCCUGCUCUUAUUUUUAUAGGUUUGGUACGGACUUUUUAUAAAAUUUCACAGUAUGAUAAAUCGAUCUGUGAAGACGUAAUUUAUUUCACUUGAAAGCAUCAAAAAUUGCAAUUUUGUGUACCAUAAGUAAUUUUAAGACAACUGUCAUGCGAUGGCCAUUUUGUCUCGGGAGGUUUGAAAAGCUUUGUUUAUGUGCGGCUAGCCUUGUUCUCUCUAUGAGGCCAGCUGUGCAUAAACAAAGCUUUUUAAAGAUCCUUUUUUUUCAGAUUUUGGAAUCUGAUAUUUCUGGGAGUUUAAGAGGUUUUUUUACAAACCUUUGCAGGUUUCCUAAAUGAUGAGUGAUAAAUAGAUCUUUAAAAAUAUAUUUUUGUUUCAAUAUUUGCAUGACAUAUGGAUAAAAAAAGUCUGUUCCCUGUGGUGUAGGAAUGUAGGUGUCUCAGACAAAGGAAAGCAACUGGAAACAGCAUUCAUCGUCAUUAUCAGUUGCUAUCAUGCAUCUCUAAAACAGACACAAAAACUAUCAAACACAAAAAUCUGACACUUUUUCACACCCCGACUGUGACCUCAGAAGAUUACUGGAAAUCCCAGCUGUUAUGUGGCUUGCACAUCACGGAAAUGACCCUUUGGGAGGAGUAUUGGCUGUUCUGAAGAUAAAGAAUGGGUACAGACAAUGUUGUUUUGUUUUUUUUCUUCUAAAAAUUUUAAAAAAGUUUAAUAUUCUAUGAGAAGUGUUUCAAUUUUGGAAGCAAGGACCAACAUUACAAAAUAGAAGGACUGGAUCUAAUCAGUUGAGAAUUAAAAUAUCUGAACAAUGGAAAGAAGCAAGGCUGAUUUUACAGUCGGGAAUAUAAUUUUUUUUGUUUUGCCAAUAUUUCGAAAGGCAUGGCCUUUUUUCUUCAUGGUCUCGCAUACAUAUGAGAAGUCUGGAACAAAAAAGCGGUUCUUAAUGACCAUUUGGCCCACCACUGUGUGAUAUCUGCAUGGCAUUCGAUUUUUUGGGAGAUUAUUUCUUGACUACCUCAUUAAAGGUAGAGUAUAAAAAUUUAAAUUACCCCCAACAUCAGUCUGAUCUGUGUGUGGUCAUUACUUUUUUUGGCACCUAAAGGAGACCAUUGGUAUUCUUUUCCAUGGAUAUUUCUUGGCACACAGCUUCAAGCCAUAAAUGUAUGGAUAAAAAUAUUUGCUUUCCCCCGUGAAUAUAUAAGAAAUAUCAAACCUGCAAUUUCCCCAUAACUAUCAUGGAUUUUUUCCGGGGAUUUCUCAGUCAUGAAUUCUUUGCUUCACGUUUGGCCAUUCAUUUGAAAAUUCUCGUGCGUUAAAUAUUGUAAAAGAGAAUGACCCUUAUUUUCAGUCUUUACUUUUCUGUAGUGAUGCUGCAGUCUUCACGACCCGUGGUAACCACACAAUAGGACACAAGUAUAAGAAGUUUCUGUUUCGUGAAUACGAGGAUGCUAACUUCCAAAAGGAAAAGCCGCACCCAGACUACCUUGGGUUUCUGGGGCCUAUACUCAAGGGAGAGGUGGGAGACACGAUUGUGGUUCACUUCAAGAACAAGGCCGGUGGUAACUUUUCAGUACACCCACACGGUGUGUUUUACUCGAAGGACUCGGAAGGCGCCCUGUAUGUGGAUGAGACAAGAGGAGCAUCGAAAAAAGACGACCAUGUGCCGCUGAAUGGUGAACACACGUACACUUGGAGGAUAACUAAGGACCACGCCCCAACAGGCGAUGACGAUGACUGUCUUACUUGGAUUUACCAUUCACACGUGUUGCCGCACAAGGACAUUAACACUGGGUUGAUUGGUGAGAUUAAGCUUGAGAAUGUUUCUGUGUUUUCGAUGUCAACGUGUUAUAAAAAGCUAACUGAUUCAAAUAUGAGUAUGGCCCUCGGAAACUUUUUACGCGUGCCAUCGUCAGUAUUUUCUGUGUAGCCAACUUUUUGAAAACCGCCGGUGUGGUUUGUAAUUGGCCACUAGAGUAAUCAACAAUCAAUGACUUUAUUGACUUUAUCUUCGACAUGAAGAUUUCACUGAGUACCAAAACAGUCAAUAUAAUAACAACUGAAACAAAGUAAAAUAAAAGUGAAGUAAGAGAGAAAGGAAAAACAACAAUAUUAUAUAUUGAACAUUAACAUAGAGACUUACAUGGCUAUGUGUGGCUUCUACGCUACUCGUAUUUUAAAUUAGAGUUCGGAUUUGUAACAAUUUAGACUAUUUUCAAUAUAAGAGGCACAAAGAUUUAUAAUAAUAGUAAUAUGACCCCAGUUAAGUGCGUUCGAGCCGUUAGAGUCAAACCAGGUCAAGGGAACUACCAUAGAUUUUAUUAUUGAAUCGAUUCAGUUAUUUGCAGCUUGAGUCCAUUAGAGGUGAAUACAGUUUGAGAAAUAUUCCCUAUUUUCGCUGAAAUAUUUUAACCGUCUAGUCACGUGACUUACUUACAAAAAAAGCAAGCAAGCAAGUAAGGAUGGGAAACUGCUUGCCAAGUUCCACAAAUAUUCGAAAAGAUGUUUCUGGUUGAAAUGAAUAUCCAUCUGACCAGUGACUGAGUCAAACCAGUCCUCAGGUUCCCCGGCAUUAUCUAUUGAAGUAACCGAGUACUUUUCUGUUUCACAAAACUGAAAAUAAAAGAACCGCGAAACGUUACAGAGAUGAAGCCGUCAUUAUAGUUACUUCUUUUUUUGCCCUUAUUUUGUGUCCAAAAUGUCAGGUAUCUUGCUGACGUGCAAAAGUGGAGCUUUAGCAGGAGGAAAGACAAGAGGUGUUGACAAAGAGUUUUUGGCGUUGUUUUCUGUGCUGGAUGAGAAUGAUAGUUGGCUGCUCGACGAGAACAUUAAGACCUACUGCAGUGAUCCACAAGGAGUAAAUAAAGAAGAUGAGGAUUUUAGGGAGAGUAAUAAGAUGCACGCUAUAAACGGUUAUUUCUAUGGAAAUCUACCGGACCUGGAAAUGUGCUUAGGAGAUACUGUUAACUGGCAUUUGGCUGGGAUUGGUAAUGAAGUCGACUUGCAUACAGGUAAGAUUCGCCACAUUUAAGGGAAUUCAAGACAGUCGUGGAUUCUGAAUUCUACGCCGCGGAUUCCGGAUUUUUUGUCAAGGGAACUUGGAUUCUGGAUUCAAUUGUUAGUGGGAUUCCGGAUUCUUUGAGCUGUACUCCAGAUUCCAGAUUUCACAAGCAAAAAUCUACCGGAUUCCGGAAUCUGAUCAGAUUCCCCUACUUGGGGCGAUAAGAUGGCCAAAGCCGCAAUUUUGUAAGAACUUACACUCAGUCAAGACCAUAUUUGUUAUUUAUAAGAACACAGGCAGCAAUCAAUGUAAUGAGCGUAAAAGGGAAAAUGUACCCUGAAAACGUAAAGAACUGGUCUGGGUCCUUCUAGCUAAGUCGCUAAAGGCAAAAAGAUCUAUAGGUAAUUAGGCACGCCACGACUAGCAUUUUGGCUAACUGCGGGCCAAGAAAUUGUAACUAAGUAAAAUUACGGUAAUACAUGUUGUAUUGUUUUCUUUUGGGUAACUUCAACGUUUGAAACAUGUGCAAGUGAUCAGCGCGUCUUACCCGCAAGCUGUUACCGUCUUUCUUAUUCCUGCUAGUUUUGAGUUUUGAUCAACUUACGUUUGUUUAGUAGUUUAGGAUUGUUUGAGUGAAUGACAUGCCUGUGAACUUUCGCCGUAGCCCGCCAGCCCGGUGCGUCCAUCUCUCUAAUAAGAGCGGGCUCACAAUGUACUUGAUGUUUAGGUUGUGUAGCUGGCGUUUUUUUUGAAACACUGUGAAAGAAACACGGUAAAAUGGUGUGGUUUCUACUUUCCUUCUCCCUAUGCCUUUGUCUCUUUUUUUUCUUUAUCCUCUUUCAUUUCUCUCGCUUUUUUUCUUGCGAAUCCUUUACCGAACUCCAAAGAAACCGCCAGCUGCGCUCAACGGCUGCACAGGCUAUUGUCUAGCCAAGAAACUCUCAGGCAAUUUUCAGGGAUUUUCAAAAUUGAAAUUUAACAUUUUCUUUCUAUCAAUAGCUUAUUUCCAUGGACAAACUUUUACAGUCGACAACCAUCGCAAAGACGUUGCUUCUCUUCUACCUGCAACUUUCGUGACGGCUUCUAUGAAGGCCUUAAACCCAGGGACGUGGAUGUUAAACUGCCUUGUUAACGAUCAUUAUAACGCCGGUAUGUACGCGCUGUUUAAUGUAACGAAGUGCGAUGGAAAAAAACAUCCAGUCCCAAGUGUAAGUGGCGGGAAAAAGCGGACUUACUACAUCGCGGCAAACGAGAUACCGUGGAACUAUGGGCCAACUGGUAUGAAUAAUAUGAAUGGAAAGAGCUUGACACUGGCAGAUAGGUACGAACUUCAUGAUCAGAUUUCAAAUAAAGCUCCAGUUCUAAGGCUGCGGCACUCAUGUUUUAUAGUCGGACUUAAGAUUAACCUGACUGAUUCAAACGGCGUCGAACCAAAACAGAAAAAGAUUUUAAUGACGAUGAUGAUAGUAAAGUAAUAAAUCAAAGUAAAAAUGAUAAUGAUAAUGAUAGUAAUAAUUUAAAUUCCCUUCAUUUAUUCAUUAGUUUCGGCACAUGAAAAGUUCCGUCGUGCGAAUCAGCAGUCGCCCCAGUGUUGGAUAAUGCGACAGUGUCUGCCCAACUUAACGUUGCGUGCCGUACCAAACUUAACUACUGAACCAAACUGAUUCAAACGCCGGUUUUCGCCUUUUUCUGUAUCUAAUUCAUCUGUAAAUGAAGGUGCAGCUGCUGUUUUCUGGAAUCAGACCUGAGGGUUUGGCCAUGCUGUCUCAACUUGUCUGUUCACUUGUGUGUGUGUUUUUUCUAUUUGCUCAGCGACUCAGCCGUUUUCUUCGCCCAAGGUGAUAAGAGGAUUGGAGGAACUUAUCUAAAAGCGAUUUACGAAGAGUACACAAGCAGCACCUUUACAAGUAAAAAGAACAAAUCAGAUCAUCUUGGUUUCCUGGGGCCAGUCAUUCGAGCGGAAGUCGGUGAUAUCAUCGAAGUAGUCUUCAAAAAUAACGUAAGAAAAUAGUGAUUUAGCCGUUUGAUUCUGGAUCCAAGAAAAGGGAAAUAAUUUCUUCAAAGUAUGUUCCCUGGUUAGUAACGGGCGAUGAAGUUAACCUCUGGUACGGAACUUUUUGCGAUUGCCGCGGUCUGGCAACUGGUCACUAACUAAAGAGUACGGCCCAGGGCUCUUCAGAGUACUGAUUGCUGUAACGGAGAAAAUGUGGUAUUUUGAGUAGAAAUCCGCUCAUGAAAGGUGUCACUCGUUUUUAGGUCUCGAGUAAAAUUACUAUUCUGCCUUGGAACAAAAAGUUUAUUAAUUACAAUUUAAGUCCUGCACUUAUUACGUUACGGUCUCCAUGUCAUUGUAACUGUUUGGAAAAACACUUUAUUGUUUUAUUAAUAUAUCAAACGAGAGGCACAUUGUUCAUCAUUUGAUCAAACGCUGAGAUCAGAAUUGUAAAUUCGACGCAAAGCGGUGUAUUUUUGACUAAUCGUCCCAUGUGGUAAAGGAACCCAAGACAGUCUUGGAUUCUAGAUUCCAGGUACUGGAUUUCAGUCUUUGUCAGGGAAACUUGGAUUCUGGAUUUCAUUCCUUUGUGGGAUUCCGGAUUCCUUAAGCUGUCUUCCGGAUUCCAAAGUCGAGGAUUUCGGAUUUUACGAGGCAGGCCUUAAUUUUCCCAGAUCCCGGAUUCCAAAAACAAAAGUUUCCCGGAUUCUGGAAUCCGGAUUGCCUUACAUUUGGCAAGACUAACUUGGAGGUGUUUGUUAUUAUUUGGAGGCGCCCACGAGUCCUGAUAUUAUGAUGAAAUAACGCCUCGAAUUUUUGAUAUUGGUGAUUUUACGAUCGGACGACGCGACGGCGGCGAAAACGUCGCUUCAAAAAUGAACUUGCGUCCUUUCGGUCUUUAACGCGAUUAUUCCAACUCACCUACUUUGUCAAAUGUACGCGAACCCUCCCGGAGUUGAAUCUCGAUGAACUACAUUCAAGUUUAAAGAGAGAAUAAAAUUUCGUCCUCGCUCGUUAACUUUCUCCCUAAAAAGUCUAAUCAGACAAUUUCACGUCGUAGCCGUGAAAAAAACGGCAAAGAAAUGUACAAAACAGUGAGAUGCACGUGCAAAGCUGUGGUUUUGUCUACCAAAUCUAUUGUUAUUUUUGACGUUCUCGUUGCUGUCGCGUCAUCGGAUCGCAAAGUGCCUAUUAGGGACUUUAAGAUCCAACGACGCGGACGGCAACGAGAACGUCAAAAAACAAUAGGUUUUAUACGCAAAACAACAACUUUGCACGUGCAUCACAUUUAUUUGUACAUUUCUUUUCCCGUUUUUGCACGACUACGACGUGAAAAUGCCUAAUUUCGCGUUUUAUGGAGAACGUAAACAAGCAACGACGAAAUUUAAUUUCUCUUUCUGAACUUGGACAUGGUCCCUUGGAAUUUAACUACAGGAGGGUUCGCCUACAUUUGACAAAGUAAGUGGGUAGGCAUAAUUGCGAUGAAGACUGAAAGGACACAAAUUCACUUUUUAAGCGACGUUCUCGUUGCCGUCGCGUCGUUGGACCUUAAAGUCCCUAUUACCUAUCAAACGAAAUGUUUUAGAGGGAGAAAUAAAGGAUACAAACGAGAGGAGUUUUUGAAAUGAUUGCCAAACAAUCAUUAAACAUUUAUUUAAUUCCUUUGUAUUUUCUUUAUAGGUUAUUAAUGAGUUUGAGAUAAAUUACUUAAGAUUCGGAGUUUGUUCAUUUUUCAUGCAGGCAAGUCACAACUACAGUAUUCAACCACAUGGCGUCUUCUUCAACAAGUCUAAUGAGGGAGCCUUAUACCAAGAUCAUACAUCCGGGGCUGAAAAAGCCGAUGAUAUUGUGCAACCAGGCCAUAUUUACACUUACCGGUGGACUGUGCCCGAGCAUGUGGGGCCAACAAAUGCUGACGCACAAUGUGUCACGUGGUUGUACUAUUCAAGUGUAGAUCCAGUUAAGGAUACUUAUUCUGGUGAGUCUCGAGUAUUAAGCUAUUCCCUCCGAGAGAAUAAACAGUCAGUUGCAGAGAGUAACUCGUAUACGAAGCGCUAUUUUCCCGCGCUUGCAUGCGGCUGCAUGUUUUCCCGCCGUUUGGGAGUAGUAGGGAGCUUUAGGAUCUACGACGCCCAGUAGCUAGUUAUUCAGUUGAAGUACUUUCCCGUGUUACCCUCGUUAAAUAAAGUUGACUAUUAUUAUUAUUAUUAUUAUUAUUAUUAUUAUUAUUAUUAUUAUUAUUAAAACAGCGAAAUCGUUACAAAAAGUAAUGCUUCAAACUUAUUCGCUUUUAUUUGAUCUCGUUCAAUUUGUUAAAUAAUGGGGGAAGUUAAUUUCUGGAGUUGAAUCCUAAAAGACUGUAUCUAAAUUCAUUAAAUCGUUUUCUCGUGUUCAUGUUCUUCAUAAAACGUGAAAUUAGGUACUUUAACGUCGUUAUCGUGCAACAACGGCAGAGUAAGCCACGAAAAGGCCUGAUGUACUUGCAGAGUUGUUGUUUUGCUUAUCUAAACCUACUGCUUUUUUGCCGUUGGCUCGUUGCCGUGUCUCCUGAGUCUUUGCUAAAGACCCCCCUUAGGCCUAGUAAGCGCAGUUGCCGUCGGCUCCCAGGUUUUCCGAUGUGUGUCCAGUUACUUUCAAUUUUGUUAUUCGUUUAGACUUUCGCAUAGCUAUUCAAACACAUAUCUAACAUAGUUUAGGUUUUUUGUUAUGUAGGUCUGUUUGGUCCAUUGCUAACGUGCAAAAAGGGAUCGCUGAACGAUGACAACACACAGAAAAACAUCGACAAAGAAUUUGUUCUACUUUUCACCGUCACAGAUGAAAGUGGCUCAUGGUAUCAUGACGAAAACAAGAAACGAGCGCAAAACUGGCAACAGAUAAAUGAUAGUAUGCUAGAAACAAUCUAAAAAAUCCUAAUUUAUUCUAUAUCAUGUUUAUUGACCUGCUCCCCUCCUUUUUCUAAGGUUAUGUUCAAUCAUUACCGGAUAGCUUUUGCGCUGGCGUGAAAGCCGUACCAGAUAGGGCUUCUAUUCACAUAUAAGAACGGUAAUUUUCGGUGCGAUUCUUGUAACUGAGGGAAGCUGCGCUUCGCUAAUCUCGAAAGUGGAGCGUCACAUAUCGUAUAGGUUUUGUGCCACACUUUGCUGCAGUGUGAACGCCGCCGGGUAUUCGGACCGUAGAGGAAGUGAAUAAUAGGAACGAGGACUGGCAUGAAAUCCACAGAGACGGAAGUAAAUAUUCAGGAGUGAGGACUGGAUUUUACUUGACCCUCUCGGCCAACCGCUCAGGUAUGAUGUUCGAUGUGUCUGAAAGAUUUGUUCCAGUUUUGUGCGGUUCACACUGUUCACACUAUACCUGAUACAUUUUCGUGUCGGCACGAAAAGAUAUCUGGUAAUAGUGUGAACAGAGCCUAAGAGUAAAAGCCCUGGAAACGAUGUUGGGCUGUGAGGGCGCCGAUUCAUGUUUGCUUCCAAACGAGGGCGAGACCUAGACCAGGUGCAGCUCGAGUAUACGUUGAAAAUUUGGUGAGGCCAAAUUACCUGUUUUAAUUAGCCCCUAAUCGACUGUAAAUUGAUCGCCAGUUUUUACUUCACAGUAUUAAAGGUAGAAUUCUCUUCACUUGCUCUUCGAAUGAAGAACUUUUCUGCCGACUCAAAUUAAGUAGAACAAACCUUAGUGCUCUCAUUCACUAAGUGCCCUCCUUAGCUCUCGUCUUUUUUCUGUCUCCAUUGAAUUCACGAAACAAGAAAGAAACUGGGUCGAGUUAACUUUUGCAAAGAUUUUUCUGGGUCUGUUGCGAGGGACAGGGGAAUCAAUAGCUCAAAAGCUGACCGCUGACCGUUGUGUCCUCAUCAGCGGUCCCAGAAACAAUUGGAAAAAUAAGAUGCUUCUUACAUAAGACGCGAACUGUACCAUUUAUACGAGCAUGUCUUAUCUAAGACGAGAACACCUCUUAUGCAUGGUUCACGUCUUAUUUCUGUUCUUGACUCGUUUUCAUGUGAAUGUUGCCCGUAGCAACGGCAAUCCAACGUGGCACGCCAAAAAUUAACGCAUGCGUACUAUGCGUUCGCGUCUUAUGUAAGACGCGAAGGUCAUUUAUACGAAGUUUUUCUCGUCUUAGCUAAGACGCGUCUUAUUUUAGACGAAAUGUGCCGUUUAUACGGAAAGUUCGCGUCCUAUGUAAGACGCGUCUUAAUUUUCCUCGUAUAAAUGGUCCUAUUUUGGCUCAAUUGUCUUCUCGUUUCUAAAGUGGCGAAUUGAUUUGUGAACAUUUCAGAAGAUGAAGAUUAUCUCGAAAGUAAUAAAAUGCAUGGCGUCAACGGAUACUUGUAUGCCAACCUACCCGGAUUACAGAUGUGUCUAGGCGAGAAGAUAUCCUGGCAUGUGAUUGGCCUUGGAAAUGAAGUGGACAUGCACACAGCCUACUUUUACGGAAACACCUUCCUGCAUGAUGGGAGUGUAAAAGACACACUCAGCUUACUGCCAGGUCAGUGUGUAGCCGGAGAGCUCCAGCUCCUAGCAACGACAAGAGCCACUUAAGUGUGAAAUUUAAGGGAAUGCUUUUGGAGUUGAAUUCACGGGAAAUUCGCACCCAAGGUUAGAGCAAGAAAACUUUGUCGCUGUGUGUAUGUUGUGGCUCAAUUUUAUCCUUGGCUUAAAUUUUAUUUUCCUUGGUUUUGGUGUAUGGUGAUGUAUCACAAUGAGUUUAAGCUAGUUUAAAACAAAGGGUAAUAAAAUUUAAACCAGGAUAAUAUAGAACCACGACAUAUACGUCCGUAGCAGAGCGUGCAAAAGGGGGAAAUGGAAAAUCGGUUACUUUUCGCGUUUUCGAGCGAGGUGGAUGUAGCUAAUUACAUCGCAUCUUCUAGUUCAGUGAUACAGAGCGUACCAUGAUCUCAAUCGAUAGAGUUUUCCUGUAUCCACAAUACUUUGUAUUUGCAGUUUAUAGAACACAGAGCCAGUGUCAUGAAAGGAUAGGGUCUCGUAAAUCUAAUCAGGAAGUAAUUUUCUUUGGACGAGGAACCUAAACUUGGUAGAGAGACAUCAGACGAGUACAAAUCUCUUUUUAAUUAUCUUCAAUUUUGAGUAAGAACAUUCAUGGUUUGGUGUCAAAGCAUAAUGUAGAGUACAGAGAAAGAAAUCCUAAUAGCUACAAAAACUUUCACUCUAUUUUAGGCGUAUUUGCCACUCUAACAAUGACGCCUGAUAACGCGGGAGAAUGGGCGCUAGUCUGUCGGACCAAUGAUCACUACGCUGCGGGCAUGCAGGCUAAGUACACCGUCAGAAGCGAUUGUGGGAAAGCUCCUACCAAAAAGCCCUCUGGGAAAGUUCGUCGUUACUAUAUUGCUGCAGUUGAGGUGGAAUGGGACUACGCGCCCUCUGGUCAGGAUGUGCUGGAAGGAGUGCCGCUGGAAGAGAGCGAGUCAGUAUAACAUGCAAAGCUUAUUUUGGGUAGUUUUAAAUUGCGAGUCGAGUGUAAUUGGCUAAAAAUCCCGCGCUAUUGUUUUUCGACCAAUCAGAAGUACGACAGGGCCUGUGCGCGUUUUUUGUGCGUGAUGCCAGCUAAGGUCUGGCUCACUAAGUUUCUCGCAUUCUAAUGACCCUCUUCCAUUUACAAUUUCCCUAUAACUAGUUAUAGCACUGCGAGGGUAUCCAAACAUGUACAUGCGGCGGGAUACUGCCGCUAGGCGAAGUUUCGUUAGCCUGCAAACGCAGUUGUGUCAGUCCGCGUUCGUUGCGCUAAAGAUUUCGUUGCAUCAUAACUCGACUGUGGGUACUUUUCUAUUUCAGUGAGGCAAAAACAUUCACAGCAGGAGGAAACGAGCGAAUAGGUCGAAAAUAUAAAAAAGUUGUGUAUCGUGAGUUCACAGAUGCACAGUUUAAAGAGCAGAAAGAACGGACAGCAGCUGAUAAGCACCUGGGUGUACUGGGUCCAAUUUUACGCGCUGAAGUUGGAGAUACGAUGGAGGUAGUGUUCAUGAAUAUGGCGUCAAGUGGAAUGAAAUUCUCCAUGCACCCGCAUGGCUUAUAUUACAGGUAUAAAGCAAUGUGCUUUUGUCUUAUUUCUUGGAUGAGGUUUUUGUGAUAUGCGGAAUAAUCAAGGUCCAGGUAAGUGUUACCAGCCGAGCCGAAGGCCGAGGCUGAUAACACUUACCGAGACCUUGAUUAUUUAGGAUAUCACAAAAACCACGCGAAUCUAAUAAUUGUUUUAUUAUUAUUACUACAUUGUUUUGAAGAAAAUAACGACAAACACACCGUCGCGAGGAACCUGAAUUGAUAUUGUUAUUGGAAAUCAUGCAUUGCGCGCACAACCCACAGAUUAGUCAAUUAUCUGCUAGCAGAUAACUAACUAAUCUGCAGGUUGCGCUGAUUUCCAAAAUUAGCUUUAGGCUCUUAGCCAAUGAGAAAACAGAUAGUGAGUACAAUGUAUAAUAAACUGAAUAAUUAUUAUUGAAUGCAGGACAGUCCUGGUCUUGAAGACACACUCGCUUUUCAGCUUCGCCCCAUGUAAGGGAAUGCGGAAUCCGAAACAUUUUUGCUUGUGAAAUCUGUAAUCUUGGGCUUUGGAAUCCGGAAUACAGCUCAAGGAAUCCGGAAUCCCACUAACAAUUAGAAAUCCAGUACCUGGAAUCCGGAAUCCACGGUGUGGAAUCCAGAAUCCAAGAUGUUGUUUUCUAAUUGCUUUAGUGAAACAGACAAGAAUAUCUAAUUAAAUACAUUCGCAUAAUUUGUUUCUUAGAUAGUCUUGAUACUGGCGUUACGAUGACGCCAAAAUUACGUCGACUUUUUACGCUCUUAUUCUCUCAUUGCGAUGUUUAUUUUCUGUUAUCUUUCGUUUCUUUUAUUUCCAGCAAAGGCUUUGAGGGAUCAGACUAUAAGGAUGGCACAACUGGCAUCAAUAAAACUGAUAACAGCGUAGAUUCUGGUAAAAUGUUUAAGUAUUCUUGGGAGGUCCCAGAACGCGCUGGGCCCGGAACAGAUGGCCCUGCCUGCUCCACAUGGGCCUAUUACUCAGACGUUAACCCAAUAAAAGACACAAAUAGUGGUCUUGUGGGUCCACUUAUAGUCUGCAAAAAGGUGAGGAACAAUUGAUUGGCCGAUGUCUUACUCUGAUUUAGUUAAUUAAACAGAAAUUUUCCAUUAUUGUGUUAGAUUAAUCAGGGACAUUUUUGAUGGGAACACUUUUGUUUCACGUCUAAAGUAAGAUGCAUUUCUAAAUACCCGAUCAAAAGGCGUGACCGGCCCGUGGUAGCUCGCUUAAUGCAUGCACUGAUUUUCAAACAGUCCAGGAUAUGCUCUAAUGAUGCUAGUUUAAUAAAAGGUUGUAAUGUAAUUGGAGUGAGUAACAGACAAAUAAAUCCACCCGAAGGAUUUCGCUUAUUUUAUAGCCUUCUACAUCUACAUUCUAGAUGUAGAAGGCUAUAAAAUAAGCGAAAUGCGGAAGGUGCAACAUGUAAAGAAGAUUAUUAUAAGCUUCUGUUUGCUGAAAUAAUUUUUUCGUAUGUCAUUUUAAUUUAUUAUUGCAUUACAGCAAGCUCAGUAAACCCUUGACUUUUGCGAAAUAGAAACCUUAAAUUGAAUUGACUUAUUUGUAAAACACCAUAAAGGAGGCGUGUUAUGGAUGUUAAACGGUUGGGAUGUUCCUUAGUCCAGUUCUGGCCCCCCUCUCUCUAUCACGCAACGCCGACGUUGCGUGACAGAGAGAAAAUAGACUAGAUGUUCCUCUCCGGGCUAUUACUAUUUGUCCUUGGGCGUUGAGCUCCACUCCUCCUUUGCGCUUUCGUUCUGCUAUUAGGAAGUUACAUGAAAACAAAUGAGGGUAAAGGGAUUUACCCUCUUGAUUUUGUGUAUGAGCAAGCAGGCUUGCUGACUUAUUGUUGUGAGCUUUCUCACGCUAAUCUUUGGGUUUCCUGUGGUUCCUUGGGUGUUCUGUCCCUAUUUAGGCUUUACAAUCUAGAUUUGUGUUUAUCAGGAUGAUUUUUAGCAAGUAUGUCCAGCCUUAUCAUCAUAUAAAAUCUUUGUUCAAAAUUGUAACACCCUUUGUGCGUCAUUCUAAUUGCGCUAAGUUUGACACAUUGUAGCGGGCAAGAAGUUGCAAAUUAUGUUCGUUUGACUGUAAACUGGCCAAUAAUGACUCAAACCAUGAAAAACUCGUAGCUGUAGGACCCUGCCGGGCUCCUGUAGUCCGUUAUUCCACAACUGUUAAGUGCUGUAUAAGAUGCCAAGGGUCUGUAUUUUAAGCAGUAUGUAAAUGACAGUUCAUCGUUUCUCAGAUGAUGUUUUGCUGCCCAGCAUCUGCUUAGAGCAUUAUAGUUACAAUUUGUAACUUCUAGUUUUACACUUAAUCAGGGUACUCUGAAGGAUUCAUAUACACGAAAGGAUGUAGAUCGUGAAUAUGCGCUUAUGUUUACUGUUCUGGAUGAGAAUGAGAGCUGGUACCUUGACAAAAACAUCGACACUUACUGCAAAAAACCAGGAAAUAAAGAGACUCUUAAGGCAAACGAAGACUUCAAGGAAAGCAACAAAAUGCACGGCAUCAACGGGUUUGUGUUUGGCAACUUGAAAGGACUGGAAAUGUAUCAGAAGGAAAAAGUAAACUGGUACCUAGUUGGUAUUGGAAACGAGGUUGAUAUGCACACGGUUCACUUUCAUGGGCAGACUUUCCUUCAUGUAAGUAACAUUGUAGAAUUAAUUUACCAUCUAUAACUGAUCAUAAUAGAAAUUUUAAAGCAGGGAUCAGAUUAAUAACACUUUUACACGUGUAAUUGUUUUAGAGUCUGAAAACAAUAGCUAUACUUGUAAUUUACACCCGUAAAAGUUUUAAAUUGACUCCUGUUUCAGUGCUACUCUUGUCCUAAAAUGGCUCAAAUGUAGCACGAUUCUAGCGCGUCCAUGGCACGACUUGUUUUCGGACGUUGAAUGUAACUCAGUAAAAUAGCUGUUGCGGAAAUAAAAAGCGGAUUAGUGAAAAUUUAUUAAUGUAUUCUAAUGUAUUUAUAAUUUAUGAAAUGAGUUCGGCACGGCAGUAGCAUGACGUUUAAAACAGGCCUAACCUUGCUUUGAUUUACAAGGCUGAAAAAAUUCGAAUUGACAUGGAAAUCAUGCAAAUCAGCAUGUAGAUUUUGUUUUCAUCAGUUUCAUGCAUGUCAGUUCUUAUUGCGGCCCAGACCUGCAUUUCGAUAAUCCAUAGGCUGAAAUGUCGUCUUUGCGACCCGUGAAUUAACCAAGAGCGCAGACUUCUGACUGGGAAGGGAGGAAGAGGGUAGGGGGAGAAGAGAAGAAGAAGAGUUAACGCUUCCCACUUCUUCGUCUCAUGUUAACUUGUCAUUUGCCUCCUUCUCAGAAUCGAGCAUACGUUUAACGGUUGUUUUUCUUCGACAGAAACGUGUUGCAUAUCAUCGUGAGGACGUGUAUGAUCUUUUCCCGGGAGUCUUUGCAACCGUGGAGAUGAUUCCGGACAGUGUUGGAGUCUGGAUGCUGCACUGUCACGUGAAUGAUCACAUGGUUGGCGGAAUGGAGACAACCUAUACUGUUAUGGGUAAGUUAAGUUUGUCUCAGUGAACAAACUGCAGCGUACAUGUGUCAGGCCAGAACAGCGAUCGAAGGUCAAAACGCCUUUGCUCCAACGCUGUGUUUUGCCUAAAUUUCACGUGACAGAUAGUUAAAACACGCAUGAUCAGAUUACGAGUGAUAGAAGGUACAAACGCGCGUGGUAAAUUAGCGUUCUUUACAUUCCUUUCAUUCUUAGUGGAAGUCCAAACGAACGCUGGCUACGUACAUGCGACGCAUGCGUUGUAACGUCCUGUAGGUUAGGAUUGCGGGCUCCUCUUGUCGCCCGCAAUAAUGUACAUAGAUUUUAGUAACACAACUGUAUUAAUUAGUAAUGAUUUGGAGAAACAUAAACAUGAAAAAACUAACGAAAUAAAGUUUCGACGUUUCGGCGACAUCAUGACGCCAUUAUCAAGGAAUGAAAAUAAAUGCGAGUUCAAAUGAUUUUUGAAUACUUUAACGCCGUGUGAACUCUAUUUAUUUCCAUUCCCUAAUAAUGGCGUCAUAAUGUCACCGAAAUGUCAGAACUUUAUUUCGUUAGUUUGUACAUGAUAAUAAAACUGUCUUAAUUCCAUAAAUUCAUAGAUGGUUCACUGAAGCCAACCGUCGAUUCCAUUGGUCCAUCCAGUACCGCAGGCUCACCUUUGUCCAGCAGUUAUAUCAUCUGCUUGCUGAUAGCCGUUAUUGUGACUUUAUUUUGAAUGCUAUUUUGAAGAGGAAAGUAGACAGUAGAUUAGCUUUUAAUAGAAUUCUUUUAUAUAUAGGUAGCUGACCAAAUGGCCUUUUUGACCGGACUGUCAACUCACGUGACCGACUGAGCGACCGUAUGACUAACUCAUCAAAGAAUGAAUAUUUGAAAGACUGAACGACUGACCGACUGCCGUAAAAACCUCCGUCUCCCCUACGGAUUGGUUAAUAAGGUAUAAAAAACCCAGUCCUGCUGAUAAUCGGAUGUAAAUGUGGUCGAAAAACCGUACCGACCUUCAACUCCGCGAGGACGACCGUGAGAGACUUUACUCAUGAUAUAACCGCCAUCUUUGCAAGCGCGUGAAGGCUGUUGGAAUGGAUGUAAACAAUGUCGUGUGGUCAUACGCAGAGCCGGGCUGGACAAACAAUCUUUCGUUUAAAGAUAUUAAAUUUUCGGGCUAGCGAGCGUGCUGUCUUUCUGGCAUGUAGUUGCCAUCUUUGAUUUUAUAAGCAGUGGAAGACUGGGCCGGAACCCAUUUGACUCUUGCAGCACAACUCACGCGAAUCAUUGUUGUGCUUGUACGAUCGCCAUAAAACGACUACAUGGCAGGCUCACUCAGGCUAAGAAUCAGCCAAUAAAAUCUGCCAAUACAAGCAAGGCCGGUCCGAGUUUGUUUAUUCCUCCCAUGAAUGUGGGAAAACUCGACGGUAUAAAAGUUUUAUGGAUACGGUCACUUCGUUCCAUGGUCAGGUCGUUCCAUUUUAUAGUCAGAUCGUUCCACAGUUUCAGUUUAAAACUCGAUGAGAUAAAGCGCGCUUGUUUUGGCUUUUUGGCUUAAAGAACGCGAGGUAUGCACGUAAGUAAUGCCAUUAUUUCUGCUCGUGGCUUUAAGACUCGUGAAAAAUUCUGGGUAUAUUGUGGAACGAUCUGACUAUUAAGUGAAAGAUCUGGCUUGGAACGAUCUGACCAUGGAACGAAAAGCCCGGAUAACAUUUGUUUUCAUAAUUAGUUAUUUUCACACAUAACGACUGUACGACGAACCGCUUCAUCAGUGCUGGACAGCGGAUAUCCCACAGACAGACCAUGUGACCAUUGGAUUUUAAGGUGGUCAGUGUAGAGGAGAGCUUUUUUUUCUAGAAUAGUUAUCAACGGACUAAAAGACGCAUUUUUUAUGUUGAAUGUGUUGGAAUGAGACUGUUCUUAGGAUGAAGCUACAGCAACGAAAAUAACUUCCUGAACUCUUUAAAGCACGAGUUUUUACUUAGAAUACUGAGUUCCUUGAUUUUAAGACACAGUACAAUUUUAUUUUGCUCAGAAAAAACAAAGAAGCAAACAGCGCUUAA